AUGACGGAAACCCCAACUCCCGCCGAGGUAUUAUUGGAAAUUGCAUGCUUCGAUGAGCGAUCAGCCAUUUUAGCCGCCUCAGCUGGAGCUGAUCGCAUUGAGUUAUGUAAAGACUACCACUCUGGGGGACUUUCGCCAGAUGACACGGUUCUUCAGACACUGAAAUCGGAAUUGACGAUCCCAGUAUAUGUGAUGAUUCGGCCACACGCGGACUCCUUUUGCUAUGAACCCUCGGAAUUCGAAGUCAUGAAAGACACCCUUGCUGUCCUCAAGUCUCAUGGAGCUGAUGGAUUUGUCUUUGGGAUUUUAAAUCGAGUGGAUCAGAGAACGGGAACAUGCACUCCCCCAUCCGCGUGGAUUGACAUCCCUCGGAAUCAGGAGCUGGUUCGAUUGGCAAAUGGCCGACCAUGUACAUUCCAUCGCGCAUUUGAUCUCAUCCCGGAGUCUCAGUGGGAAAGCGCCCUAGCAGACAUCACCGAGUGCGGAUUCUCGUCAAUUCUGACCAAUGGUGGCCCGUCGGGAAAUACUGCAAUUGAGUGUGUUGAGAAGCUUGCAGCGUUAGUUGAUUGGAAGAACAGUCAACUCGCGAAUAAUCCACCCGGCCGGGGCAAAAGAGUUCCGGAAAUCAUUGUGGGGGGUGGUGUCAGGGCAUCAAACAUACAGCGGCUUCGUGAAGCUACUUCUGCGUCGGCGUUCCACUCGGCUGCUCUAUUAGUCCCAGACGAAAUCGUCUCUGAAGCCGAGAUUAAGGGAAUGAAAGCUCACCUGCGUGGGCCUGGAAAUACUACGUCAGCUAUACGCGACUAG